AUGCUUCGGACCUCACAGAUGGAGCUUUGAAUCCGUUAGUCCUUAGCAAAUCGCUGCCCGAUGAUGAGGUCUGUUACGUGCUGAAUGGAGAGUUUCGGACAACAAGUGCGUUAUACGUUAUCCUCAUCAACUGGUACCGUAAAAGAAAGCAACAACUAGUGUGUUCGAUGCUGAAACGGACAAACCCAUUCUCUCGACUACCCUAACUACAAUAGCUUUACGAGAAACUAGAACAAUGUGCUGUGGCUAACGUUCCGUUAGCGUAUAUGUGCGAAAGCAGACGAUAGUAGAAUGUUGUAUAUGGCAGUGUGUUUUGGUCGUUAAAACUAAAUGAGGACCGUCGUAUAGAGUGAUUUAGGCUGGCAUCCGUCAAGACUAUCAGUAGUGUUUUCUGUGAAUGUUCGUAGGUUUGACACUAAUGGCUUUUGCGAAGUGUCGAAGUGUGGAUGAUUUGAAGACUGCUCAGUGUUAAGUGCCCGCUGCUUCGGCGUCUAGGAGGCUUUAAUCAACAUUUAAGUGUUAGUCAAAGCGUUCAAUAACCGCUGAAGAUCCUAGCUAUUUGUUGCGAUGAUGGUACAUUCAGGAGACAAUCCGCCUAGACCAAUCGUAGACGAGGUGAAAAAGGUUGCUAAUCGACGACCUUGGGAGGAUAACGCCGAUGUUAUGGUCGCCUCCGUGAGUGCUCUGAUACGUCCCGCUACGGUUCUUAACGACGAAGUGGAAGUUGAGUGCAGAAGUGACGGAACUUCCAGUUGUCCUAAGGGCACACCUGAAACCGGAUGCUUUAUCGAGUCAGAUCGUUGCGGUUCGGGAUCUCCAACAAGCCAAGACUUCGGCCUACUACAGGAUAACCGAGAGCUGCGCGACUAUCCUCGAAGAAAACAAAGACGCUACAGGACAACGUUUACAAGUUUCCAGCUUGAAGAACUAGAAAAGGCGUUUGCUAGAACACACUACCCUGACGUAUUCACAAGGGAGGAGCUGGCGAUGCGUGUAGACCUCACCGAAGCUCGAGUUCAGGUCUGGUUCCAGAAUCGCCGAGCCAAAUGGCGAAAACAGGAGAAAUCAUCUGGAAGCAGGUCCUCACCUCCGUCAGUUGCGGCAAACGAUUUCCCAUUGGCUCAAAGCUUAGCGCCAACAAGGCCGAGUGUGCCGGCAACCCCCGUAUUCACAAGACCAUCCUUUCAUCAUCAGCUUUCAUCGACCGCUGGAGCCCAACCUGGGGUACCUGUUUCGGAUUCUAGCCUGCCUAAUAUAGCAGGCAAACUUAGCGGUCACGGAGUCUCUACACUGACAGCAGCCUCGAGUGAUCGGAAGCCUGAGAAACAGAAUCAAUUAACAUUUCGGCCGUAUCUUCAGACAACACCCAUUACCGCUAUGACAAUUCCGGCCGGCAUGACAAUCCCACCGACUGUGUCUCCGAUGUCUUCCGUAUCGGGAAUCCCUGCGAUUUCGGUGCCUUCAGCUAUGCCAACGCUGCUGCCAUCUACCUCUAUAUUGUCUAGUCUUUCUACUGUAUAUUCUGGCCUCAAUGGUCUUCCAGGCCUUCACUCAGCGUUUAAUCCGUUCUUACCUCCGACACUACCUACUCUUUAUACCAAUUCAGGUCUACAAUCGUGGCUUCAGGCCAUGCAGGCAACUACGGCAUUUCCUAUAUCUGCAACAAGAACAAUAAAAAGUCCUCGUCAAAACUCGUCACCGCCUACCAACAUUCAAAAGUCGGAAAACUUACGGAGAGACCUGGAAACGGAAAAUGACGCCAAAGAGGCAAAAAAUACGUUAGCGUCACGUGAUAGCCGAUCUUCAAGUCCUCUACAAGUUGAUCUAGAAGAAGAUGGUUCUAGUCAAAAUGCUACAGGAACACGAUGCUCCGAGGGGGUUACAGAGCUACCAACCACCACGAAGCCCUAGAGCAGUUAGCUGACUCACACUAGUACUAGAAAUUAUGCAGAAUUGCUCCUCAAUACUAGGCAAUUAGUAAUUUAACUAGCGACAAGCGAUAUUUUAACGUGAUGCAUCUUAACUAUUCACACAAAUAGGAAACUCAUAGUGCAGAAAAUUCGAAUCCGCAAGUUCUGUAAAUAACUGGUGCCAAACAAUCGUUAGAACAUUUUCUGCUAGUCAGACCGUUCACAAUGUAAACAGACAUUCGGUAUAGCUAACAAUUUCUGAAGGAACAGGUCCAGAUAUUUAGCCAUGCCCUCCUAUGGCGAUACCAUGGCUUUGGAAGUUCUACGUGUUCUUCGGGUAUGGUUGGAGGGAACACAUUGCUUUUGUUUUCUUAUCGCGUACCGACGAGGAGAAAAACUUCUUGGAAGUUGUUAUGUUUGCCCAAUUUAAUAUCUAGAAUUGAGAAUCGCGUUCAACAAAAUGUACUUUGGUUGGCUUUUUAUGGAAGGAAACUUGCUAUGCAGCCUGCUCAUCGGAUUACAUGAAUGUCCAUUGGAUCUCCGCUGACGACGUGCCCCUUGUAAUAACUAGCUACUGAAUAAAUGUUCCAAUACAUAUUACUGUAUAGGUUUUUACUUGUAGUUUGCGUGUGGGGUAACCGAUAAGUCUGCUGUGUUAACCGAGUUCAAUGUUUGCCUCUUCGGUUAAAGUGGUGGUGUCCAUCCUCCGGAACCGCUAUAGAGGAUUUAAGUACCUGAACUGAGCGUAGGUUUUGCC